GUUAGUCUUUGAAUAGUGUAAACAAUAGAUUUGGUAGCGGCUCAUUCGAACAAAUGAAACAACUUUUACGACAAAUUGAAACUUGUAUUUUCAAAAUAUUCUUUUUAUGAUACAUUUUUUCUUUAGAAUCCAAUCAUUCCUGCUUAGUAAGGGACUGUUUCAACAAAAGUGGUUUUCAACUUUCAUUGAAGUUCAAACUUAAAAUGACUGCCACUCUGGCGACCAAAGAAUAAACAAGUAAACAAAACAAAGUAACUCCCACACAAUGGAGGAGAUGCCUGAUAUUGCCAUCACUUGUCCCUACACUAUCCGAGGUAGUGACUACAUUAUUAGCCUUGAGUGCAAGGACAACGACAGCAUGACAGUUCAGGUGGAAGACAGGUCAACAAGUGACCAGUGGAGGUCAUCGUUUGAAUCUCAGUAUGUUGAAGACCUGACCCAUAAAACAGGAAACUUCAAGCAGUUCACAAUUUUUGUUCACAUGUUGGAGUCUGCCAUCACUAAGUCUAGUGAGAGUGUCUCCCUUGACCUGCUGACCUACAGUGAUCUAGAAGCCCUGCGGCAGAAGAAGAGUGGCCACUUCACAUCAGACAAGUCCAGUUUACCGUCCUCUCGCUCCAAUCAUUUGAUAUCCAAGCGUUACCUCAUACUGACCUACACGGUAGAAUUUGACAGGAUCCACUACCCCCUACCCCUGCCCUAUGUUGGGAAACCUGACCCUCAGGCCUUACAAGAAGAGAUCCGUCAACUCCGAGCUGAGUUGAAGCACGCCAGGUCGCAGCACCCACCCUCAGACAACAGAGCUGACAAAUUGCUUAAAGAUUACCGAAGACUUGAGAGAGAGAAGAAUGAAGUGGAACAAGAAUUUGCUGCGUUCCGCAGAGAAGUGCGAAUCGCCACUGGGAGCAAUGCUGUGAAAGAUAUCAGGGCUCUGAAGACAAUGGUGAAAAAUCUUGAGGAGCAGCUAAUGAAGGAGAAAACACACUAUCAGCGAACAACAAGCAAACGAAGUCAGGAAUAUAGGGAUCUUUUAGAGGAGGUUGAAGAGUUACGUGCCUCAGAAAGAAAUCUCAGGGUGCGUGUCAAAAGUCUGACCAAUGAACUUGCCUUGUUGAAACGGGGUCGCACAUUGACCAGAACCAGUUCUAAGGAGAGAAAUGGGUCUGGUGAUCGUGUCAGCAAUUCACGCACAAUCACAUCAUCUCGGCAGCGCUCCUUAUCCAACGACAGGAUCACCGGAAGGUCAGGGUCGCGCGACAGGUUGAGACAUGGGUCCAGCGAGAGGCCGCCUAUCCACAGGUCAAACUCUACGGAACAUUUGAUCCGCUCCUCGCUAAACGGCAGCGGCUUGCGGAGAAGGUCGAACUCUUUAGACCGGAACACGUCAGCCAAUCAGAGCCAUUUUUCUAUAGGGUCUGGGAGUAACCGCAGCCGCACCCCUUCGCCUGCAGGAGGUCGAAGAUUUAACCCAACAGAAUAUGUCAAAGAAAAAGCCAGAAAACAAAAGGAGGCAGAUUUUAAAAAGAGAAGGCAGCAAAGGGGAAAUAACUCAGGAUUAUCCAGCAGGUCCAGACAAUCAAACAAUUCCAGCAAACUUUCAGGCUACAGCCAUAGGUCAAAAGAUAUUUCAUGGAGCCAAAGCAAUGCAAGUGACGGCUAUGGUUCUGAUGGAUCCUAUACAAAAACAAGACCAGGAAGUGGUGGUAGUGGUCGCCCGAGGUCACUGAAGACACAGGAAGACAGCCCUAUUGGAUUACCACGAGCCAAAGCACUGCGGCCCCCAAAUGGAAAAACAGCUAAACAGCUGUCUAGCACACCAGACAUGGCAUUCCUCAAGACCAAGACACGCCUCAAGCCUACACUCCCGCCUGACAGUGGAGAUGAGGAUAGUGAAUAUUUUGACCGCUCUGCCGAGAUCAGUGAGAUUGAUGAGAGACUGGACAGACUCCAACAGCUGAUGAAAGCAACCAUGCCUUGACCCUAGGAUCUUAUUGUAUAGCUGUAAAAUGUUUUAAAAUUCCCUCCAAAAUUAAUCGCAUUUUUUUUUAUGUUUCUAAGUUAUAGGUCUGAUUUUUUUUUCUGUAAAAUUGAUGUAUAAUUUUCUUAUCAAAUCUCAUUUUAGGGUUCAUCACGGUUCAUUCAUAUUUCGCCGUACUCACAUUUUUGGAGUUAGUAUCUAAUUUUAUGGUACAAAUUCCUAAGUUAUAAAACCAAUCAGUGCUUUUUUUUUUUAAAUUUUCCUUUUGAUGCAACUGAAGUAACAAAAGUGUCAUUCAGUUUUUUUCAAGUUUACUCUUAACAUGAAAUAAUGACUUGGGUGAAUGUAAAAUGUCCGUGAUAAUUAUUUAGUUUAAAAUUGUUUAUAGUGGUUUAUAAAGUGGUUUAUAGUUUUAAAACUAUAUUUUGAACUCAGAAUAUGGAAAAAACUGUACAUUUUAGCUAUAAUCCUUAUCAACCAUUUAAUAUAUUUUUAAUUAUGUAUAAUGUCAGUUACUUACUGGAAUGGUUUUAAUGAUUGUGAAAUGUGUGUGUAGACAUUUCCUCUCCAAUCAGGAGCUGAGAAAAAUGUAUAGUUAAAAGAUUUUGUCUUAUUUGUAUGCAAGUGUUGGUGUAUAUAUAAAAUAUAUGAUAAUUGAAAGGUUUUAAAAAUAAUAAAGUAAUUUAUGAUUAUUA